CGUGAUUUCAACGUUUUAACUGGUUAUGUCGACAUAAAUUGUUUAAAAUAAAACGAUUAUCAGAGAGGAGUUAUUUAUUUAUUUGAAAUGAAGUUGAAAGUUGUUUUUAUAUUAUAGCGAAUAGUUUGACUAAACGGUGCAAUUCUUACGCAGUUGACAAUUUUUCUGCAUUUUUUCAAUUGGAAUUGUAUCACGAGGUUUAGUGUUUUAAAAAAGAACAAAGUGUUAAAAUCAUAACGACCAUUGUGGUCUAUCGGCAAAAAAUCACGCAUAAUAUAUAAUAAGUUAUUUAUUCAAUGUAGAAUUGACAUAUCAGCCACACAUAGACAUUACAUAGACGCUCGUUAUACCAAAGCAAUAUGGAUGCAUUUAAGUUAUUUCUGAACUUGUUCAUAUUGGCAUUGUCGUGGAAGUACAGUUAUGUUGAUGCAUGUUUUCCUGGCAAAUACUGGAUUUCGUGUCUAAUCAACUCGUGUAAGUUUGGCGGGAAAUGUCCCGGUGACCCGGAUGCAACAUGCAAAAUGGAGAGGACCGAGUGUAAUGGCUGCAAGAUGGUUUGGUAUUCGAAGUCAGGAGAGAAGGCAAACUGCAAUGUCGGGAUAGACCCCAAAUUAUGUCCGAACGGGGAAAGGGUGGUUCAAUGUUUAGUUGACUCCUGCAAAUGGCCCUGUAAGCACCCGGACUUCAAGAACGCAAAGUGUCGCCAAAGCAACUGUGGGGAAUGCAAGGCGGAAUAUUUUCUGAAGGAUGCUUGGGUUAAGUGCCCGAAAUUUAAUGAUGUUGAGCGACUUCCCAUUGACACAGUGGUGCGUGAAACGUGUGUACCUACAAAGUGUGACAUCUCAGUCUGUCUUGGGAGGACUUGCCCGGCAGUGCCUAGAGCAGUCUGCAGAACCAACAAUUGCAAUGUUUGCGCACCUGCCUGGUACCUUGACGAUAUGGCAGUAGAUUGUGAAACAGGAGCAUUUUUAGACAUGCCAGGCCCGAUCGUCAAAUCAUCCGGUAAGGCACCCGUGGCACCAUGGCAACGCGAGUGUUCACAGAACGAGCCGCUUACUCCCUGUGGCCAGGAAGCUUGUGAAGGAAAGAUCUGCCGAAACUUCCCUAACGCAAUCUGCAGACCGGAUGGGUGCGGCGGCUGUAGAGACACGUGGUUCCUUGACAACAAGCUCGUGGACUGUCUUAGCGACGAAUGUCCACCUCGUGUCCCAAUCAUCAAGUGUGUUGAUGACCCAUGCAAAUACUUUGGUCAUUACUGCCCUACCGCCGAGUGCAGGGCUUCACAGUGUGGGAAAUGCGAGGCGAAAUUCUUCGCGGGUGGCCAUGAGAUAGAUUGCGCGAUGCCGCCAAAGGAAUGCCCUGCCGGGAUAAAGCCGAGAUCUUGCCCUUGGUACACCUGUCCAGCAAACAUAUGUCCAUCGAAUAACAGGCUCAUGUGCCAGAUCGACCCUUGUGACGCGUUCUGCAAUUACAAUUUUAUAGAUAUUUACACCGGAGAGACCGGUCCAUGUCGAGUGUUUGACGGGGAUGGCUCACAUAAGCAAGAUCGUGAGGACCGACAGAGGGCGAUGGAGAAUCAGAAAAUACUAGAACAGCAACAACUACAGAAGUCAUCACAACUAGCUCCAAAUUUGGCUGAUAUAAUGAAACCCAUGCUCGCUGGAAAUAUUCCAGAAAAGAAGUCAGUUCACCAUGAGCAGAAACUGACCCAUGUUGAUCACGUUGGUAAGCCAGUCUAUGAGGAGUUAAAGAAAGAUGUUGUUAAAUCAGGCCCAAUAAACGCUGCGCCAGUUUUGAAGAACGCUGGUCCUCCGAUCCAGGAUCCUGAUCUGUUGUCUCUUUUGCAAGCCUUCCCCCAUGAAAUGAGAGUUAUUCCAUCAGAAGCAAUACAGGGGGCCCUCAAAACUCACCCUAAUGACAUUGACAUAGCUGCGCUUCAGGCUCAAGCUGUGUCUGAGUUUAGUGGAGUCAAAAAGGCAGCUUUCGAAACGCCAAUUGAGCAAUCGGUUCAUAAAAUAGCCGCCAAAGAACCGAUGCACAAGGAAUUGGUUAAGUUGCCUGCACACGUCGAUUCAACGGGAGGAAAGAUCGUUAAAGCACAAGAGACUCCACUGGACGUGUUGUAUCCAGAACUAAAAGGAAUGGUUCCACAUGAAGCACCGCUGAACGUUUUGCCUAAUCAAGAACAUCUUCAAAACAAAAAGUUACCCAUGACUGAAGAACCUCUCAAAACACAUUCAGCUAGCAAACAUAUUGAAUCUGUAGAACAAGAACAUAUCAACCAAAAAAUCAUACAUAACAAUGUUGCUCCAGUUAAGCCAGACUCAAUUAUCAAGCCGAUCGGAUCCGUUGCUUCAAAACCGGUUAACAAAGGUGUUCCAAUUCAACCAAUCGAGCCUGUGCAGCCGUUUCGAACCUCUUCUGUGGUCUCAUCUGAAAGAAAGGGCGUUCCGAUCAGUUUUUCGCUCUUCAAUGGUUGGGCUAGUGGCUUUUAGCCAAUGAGAAACGGUGUUACAAAUUUGAUUAACAGCAAAAGAUUCGACGUUUUAUAUUGGACGACGGUCUCAUCGGACACAAAUCAUUAUCAAUUUGUUUGAAUGAACACUGUAUGAAGUUAUUGGUGUAUAAACAUGCAUCGGUAUUCUACUAUUUAAUGUUUGCGCUCCUUUCGAAUAUUCUUUCUUCUUAUUCUUUAAUUAAUGAUAUCAAGUAAUUUGAUAUUUCUGUUAUAACAUUCAUUUAGAAAUAUAAUAAGGCAGAACUCUUGAAUAUACUCCUCCUUUCGUUUUUUAGUAUUUCGUAAUAUUUUUUUUUAUUUUAGUCCUUAAAGGUCUUGUUUAAGGAAUGUUUGGCAUGAUAAUCCCCUGCUGGGCAUCUCUUGCCAAUUCCACUGGUGUCACAGUAGGGGCCAAUUUCCUGUGUAUUCGUUUAUUGGCUCAGGGCCAUUUAGGGUCCAUUUCUAUAGUAAAACUUCUAAAACUGCACAGCAGGAUACUCAGAUCGGAGAUCUGAUAAGAGGGAUCAAGGCAAGUAGAUUAAGAUCAAGAAACAGAGGUUGUGUACUGUACGCAGUUGAUUUUUUUGGCGGGGAAGCUUACAGAAGGCUUAAACUAAGCCUUUAAACUAGGCCUUUAACAGUUAUUUAAAAAAACAGUACCAAUACAUUACAAAAUACAUAUCAGUGUUUUCUUAUUAUCGUUUUGUGAAUGGGGCCAGUAUCCUUAGACUUGUGAAAAAAACGAUAGAAAACAUUAACGUGUGAAUUAAAGAUAGUGUAUUUCAAACGCAGAACUCUUAAACAAACAUCCUUAAAGCUCUUGGGCUUGAAAAAUUAUAACAACCUAUGACUGCAAUAAAACAUGUCUCUACUUCUUGCUAUAAGUGUAUGAGCUAAAAAAGAGAGCCUAAUUUUUGUUUAAAAAAAUAUUGUGAAAGGGACCUCAUUCAAACAAUUUUGGUCGAAAAAACAGUACUGCAUGUAAACUCCCAGGCGUAAAAACGGAUAUUUCUUUUCAAACGAACAUACAUGUGUAUGAUUUUUUCGCUUAUACUCAUCUUGCAAACUGUAAAAUAUUUGCGUUUCAUAUGGUUUUGCUUUUGUUGCAUGUUUCCAAAAUUUCAUGUUGUUAAUUAUUUAUUCCUUCAUUGAUCCAUUAAAAUGAAAUAAUAUAUA